AUGCCGUUUGGCUUGAAGAAUGCAGGGGCAACAUAUCAACACCUGGUCAACAAAAUAUUUGCCGAACUCAUUGGCACUUCGAUGGAAGUCUAUGUAGAUGACAUGCUAGUCGAAAGUAGGACUGCCAAUGAUCAUCUUCGGAAUCUCUCCCUCAUGUUCGGCACCCUGAAAAAGUACAACAUGCGCCUGAUCCCAAACAAAUACGCCUUCGGCGUCUCUACCGGCAAAUUCUUGGGCUUCAUGAUAAGCCAGCGGGACAAAGAAGGAUGUUCAGAGCCUCACUGGCCGAGUCACGGCCUUGGCCCACUUCAUAUCCAAAGCCACCGACCGAUGCGCCCCCUUCUUCAAAGCUCUCAAAGGGAGUAA